AUGCCAGAAUACGAAGCUAUAGAAGAGAUGCCCAUGCAUAACAGAGGUAAUGUCACCAAUUUACCCCCUUUUCAUAUGGGAUUUUUCCUAGCUGGCUUCUUUGGCCCGCUCUAUACUGGCUCUAUUAUCAUUUAUACACCAAGCACAAUGCCACCGACAACAAAGACAAUUGCGCAUGUCGCCCAACACGUCCCAGUCGACAUUAUCUCCGUUAUGCCAAGCACUGUAGAGGAUAUUGGCUUGGACACCAAUCUACAGCAUAUAUGUCUGAAUUCGGGAAUCAAAACCAUUUGUUGGGCAGGAGGGCCAGUAUCUCAAUAUGCCGGAUCCAAAGCUGCAAAACUCUUCAAGAUACUCACUACAAUCGGCUCCAGUGAGUCCGGCGUAUGGAAUACAAUUUACUGGAAGGUAGAUGCGGGGUCUGAUCCGUUCACAUUUAAGGGAAUGUGCUUUCAUCCGGACGAUAAUAUCGAAUUUCGUGAUCAGGGAGAUGGUUUAUAUCUUGUUGUUAUUGUGAGACAUCCAGAUCCAAAGAAAAAGCAGCCGGUCUUUUGUCUUCUUCCCGAUGAAAAUUAA